CCUACGUGGAAGCGUGCGUUUUGGUAGUGGAGUUUUAAUGAGUGACGAGGAGAGAGCUCACGUACCGUCAGGCGAAACUGAACUGGAGGCUAAGGAGGCUUGUGAUUGGCUGCGGGCGGCUGGUUUUCCCCAGUAUGUUCAGCUUUACGAAGGAGGCCUGUUCCCCAUUCACAUUUCCUCUGUAAAGAAGGACCACGAAUUUCUGGAUCAGGACUCUCUCAAGGCACUAUGCAGGAGACUCACAACCUUGAACAAAUGUGCAGCGAUGAGUCUGGAUGUCCAUUUCCAGUGCAGACAGAACGAGGACUCAGAGGAAGAUGACAUUUGUGCGUUGAGCUCACGUUGGGCAUUUCAGCGUGAGAGCAAAACCUGGUCCCGCAACCUCUCACCCACUCCAAAUGCCCCCAACAACCAGCCUUCCACCUUACGACCCUCUGCCAGCAGUGACAGUGUCUUGAGUGAGGUGACAUCUGAUUUUAGUGCCAGCAGUCUCAGUUUGGACAGCACCCGGGACACCACCUCCCCGGGCAUCACUGCUUUUAAUGGAGCCAGCAGCCCUGGUUCUCCCCAAACCUCUCACCAGAAGAAGGAUGGAUCAUCAGCUUUUACGGACAAACAGAUGUUCUCCUCACGUUCCUUUCUCCGGAGAAAAGACUCCCUAAGAAGGAGAGAAAAAGAGAGGGAAAAGAAUACAGUGGUUGUUUCCACGACAGCACCGCCACACCGGCAGCCUUUAGACAACCUGCAGUGUACGCUGGAUGCUAAUCUACCGGGUCGUACGACAAACACACACAGCGUUGCCAAGACUUCAGCCUGGAAAGCACACACCAUAUGCAGGAGCUCUUUUGGCCAGUCAGAAGCUAAAUUAAAACCAUAUCAAUCAUGUCUAUAUCUUGAGGACUACCAACUUGCCUGGGAAAGGCCAAAACCGACCUAUCACAGCACCUGUCUGGUGAAGGAAGAGCGCGUGGUACACCUGCCUUCUGACCACAAGCCUGGAACGUUCCCCAAGUCAAUGUCAAUAGAGAGCAUCUGUCCAACACAUACUUCUCCUAGUGACAGGAUUGACUGGCCUGCUGACGAUGGGGAUUUCUCACUGGAUGGCAGCAGCAGCCAAAGUGAAUCUCAAGACUUUCUUUCGCUGACAUGUGGAAAAAGACGGAACUCCUGCAGCUCAGUAGGAAGCGUCUACGACAAUGUUCCAGAGGCCUGUGAGAGCUCAGAGGAGCUGACUGGUUUAAGAGGAGAGAAAGCUUUUCAACAUCUGGAUGACAUCUUACAGCACGUCCAUGGGCUCCAACACAACAUCGAUCAGUGGUCACGCUCUCUCAGCUUGCAGUUGGAUCACUCCAACUCAGAGAGUGAGUCUACCACUGAAACUACGUUACCCAGCAGCCUUCACUUCGAGGACCGCUCCAUGUCAGAUGUGGGGACGACGGUGAGCGACUAUGACAGUGCAGGGAAUUCGCUAAAUGAGGGUGAAGGGGAAGGAGAGAUGAGAGAAAGGAGAGAUUCUGGGGUGGGCGCCUCCCUGACCCGACCCAGCAGGAAGUUACGUUGGCACAGUUUUCAGAAUUCCCAUCGGCCGAGUGUUUCAUCAGCGUCUCAGGAAAUCAACAGGCAGUCAGCAGCACAGCUGAAUCUGUUACAGAAAUUCUCUCUGCUCAGACUCACUGCCAUCCUUGAGAAGCACUGUGACACCAGUAAACACAGCUGGAACUGGGUGAUGCCAAAGUUUAUGAAACGUUCUAAGGCUCCAGACUACAGAGGUAAACAUGUGUUUGGAGUUCCACCAAUCAUCAACGUCCAACGAUCUGGCCAGCCUCUACCUCAAAGCAUUCAGCAAGCGAUGAGAUACCUGCGUAGUCAGUGCCUGGAAAAGGUGGGAAUAUUUCGGAAAUCUGGAGUGAAAUCUCGGAUCCAGGCACUGAGGCAACUCAAUGAGAAUUCCCCAGAUCAUGUGAGCUAUCAAGGCCAAUCAGCUUAUGACGUGGCUGACCUGUUAAAGCAGUACUUCAGAGACCUGCCUGAGCCUGUACUAACCAGCAAACUCACAGACACAUUCCUACACAUCUAUCAGUUUGUCCCAGUUGAGCAGCGUUUGCAGGCAGUACAGGCAGCCGUGAUCUUGCUCCCUGAUGAGAACAGAGAAGUUCUGCAAAGCCUCCUGUAUUUCCUCAGUGACAUAGCGUCUGCGCAGGAGAAUCAGAUGACUGCAGAGAGCCUGGCCGUCUGCCUAGCCCCCUCCAUACUGCACCUAAACGUCUCCAAGAAAGACGGGACUUCUCCGAGACUGAUGAGCCGGAGGGGCGGAGCCAAGCCUGACCACAAAGACCUCAGUGAGAACAUGGCCGCAACAAAGUGCCUCAGUCACAUGAUCACAGAAUGCAAGAAACUGUUUCAGAUUCCUGGUGAGAUGCUGCUGCAGUCACGUAACUCCUAUGUGGCGGCAGACGCGCAGCCCCUGCCUCUGCAUGGUUUUGGGGUGAAUCCACUGGGAGAGCGAGUGGAUUAUCGUGGUUUCCUGGACGACAAUGUGCAGUGUCUGCUCAGAGAAGCUACAGAGAGAACUAAGGGGUGGCACAGUGCCCCAGGACCUGAAAACACAGAGCUGUCCUAUAAAAAGGUGGGGGAUGGGCACCCUAUUCGUCUUUGGCGUGUUGUGACAGAGAUGGAGGCUCCACCCACAGUGGUGUUACAGCGGGUUUUGCGAGAGCGCCACCUAUGGGACGAGGACCUACUGCACAGCCGUGUUAUAGAGACUCUGGACGACAACACCGAGGUGUUUCAUUAUAUCACUGACAGCAUGGCCCCUCUCCCCCGCAGGGACUUCAUAGUUCUCAGGCGGUGGUGCACUGACCUGCCCAAAGGGGUGUGUCUUCUCGUAUCCUCCUCCGUUCACCAUGACGACGUGCCGUUGGAGGCAGGGUUAAGGGCGGUGCUUCUCACAUCUCGCUUCCUGAUUGAACCGUGUGGAAUGGGCCGAUCAAGGCUCACACAUUACUGCAGAGCAGACCUAAGGGGUCGCUCUCCUGAGUGGUACAAUAAAGUCUUUGGUCACCUGUGUGCUGUGGAAGUUGCUCGGAUACGUGGUUCCUUUCCUGUGCUGUCUGCCAGAGGCCCCGAGACCAAACUGUGAGACAAUAAGGAGACAGGAGUGAAACAAUAAGGAGACAGGAGUGAGACAAUAAGGAGACAGGGGUGAGACUGAGAAGAUGAAGAG